AUGGCACAGGAGUCCAUAUACGCUGACGGCGAAGAGCUGAAGGCCAUUCGAAGUACAGCCAAACGUCUUGGAGUCAUGGUCAACAUGGGCUUUUCAGAGAAGUCUCGACACAGCACUGCGACAAUGUAUAACUCUAACGUCCUGAUUGGCGAUGAUGGCACUGUACUGCUAACCUGGAGUCCUGGAGAUGGAGCAGGAUUGCGGGUUGCGCAGACCAAAUUUGGUAACAUAGGAGCACUCAUAUGUGGAGAGAACACGAAUCCACUCGCGCGAUAUGCACUUAUGACACAGGCGGAGCAGGUUCAUAUAUCGACGUGGCCUGGAAUUUGGCCAACACGGCUGCAGGAGAAUGUGGCGCAGAGCUACAACCCAGAAAGCAUGAAAGCGCCUGUCAAUUACAACAACGUUGCGGCCAACAGAAUCAGAGCAGCGGCUCACUGCUUCGAGGCCAAGUGCUUUGGUAUCGUGUCAGCUGGCCUCGUCGAUGAUGCCUGCAAAGAAGUGAUCGCAUCGCAUACUUCUCAAGCAACCACGAUAAAAGCGCAGCUUGACGCAGCACCUCAAGCCGCAUCGAUGUUUUUGGAUCCCACCGGUGCUUUAUUACCUGGCUUUACGAUAGACGAAUCAACAGGCUCCAAGCAAACAAGAGACUUUCUGCAGAAAGAGCCUGAUAUUCUCUAUGCCGACCUGGAUCUGAACCAGUGCGUCGAAGGAAAGCAGUAUCACGACGUCACAGGGGGUUAUCAAAGACUCGAUGUUUUUGACUUGAAGAUAGAUCGAACGAGACGUGACCCAGCUACAUUCAUCGACUAG